AUGAUACGCCGCUCUCGUGCGCAAACAAAAUGGUCGAGAAGGAAACGAAUGACGUUGAUUGGGCUGUUGUCGUGGAUGAUUUUGCUGUUGUUUGGCGAGUACAACAUUAUCCACCCACCUGCGCCGUGGCCUCAAAAUGCGCUGCAGAGUGGCAGUUCCACCUCCGAGCCUUUAGCGUCUCCGCAUUCUUUGCCACCAUCUUCAAUUCCACGAAAGCAUGAUGUAAACAAGGCGAGGGCAUCUCCCCUUCUUUUUACUCCACCCGAGUUUGAAGAAGCCUUGCAGACGUACGAGAAUAAUUUGGGUAUUGUGGAGGGGCUGAUGGGGAAUUUGGAUCAGCCAACAACCGACUUCACGGAUAUUAUCGAGUCGACAGGCCCUGGGGUGCCGUUGCCGUACGAUUCCGGUCGUGUCGCGAACGCAAAAGAGUGGGAGGCGUGUGACCAACGGAACGCGGAGUUUACACCUGAACGCGAUGUGUUGUGUCAGUCGUAUCUUGCUGAGCUCAAUAACAUGCGUUAUAUCAAAGCCAUGUCAUCGCGUCUUCUUUAUGGACGGACCAUCAAGUUUCGCGUGCGGUAUGCACACAGCGAGAUUGAGGCCAUUGUAAAGGUAUCGCAGCGGAAAUUUUACUUUGAGGCGACGAGUGAAUAUUUAGCCUUUUCCAUCGACCGCGCCCUUAACUUAUCGCGGGUGCCCACUUCUGCCUUUGUGCCACUGCCGCUAAAUUACAUGAAGGUUGCCACCGCAUACUCUCCUUUCUUUUCACAGUGGAUUAAUCGGUUUAUUUUUACGUAUAAUUAUACGACACGCAACUUUUUUCCGUGCGGUUUUUCUGGAGUGUCACCCGACAAUGAAAUUCUUUGUGCUUACGUGACAAUUCAGCUUUGGAUGCAUGAUGUGCAUUCGGCCCUUUCAUCGUUUUUGUCACUACCGUAUGAAUAUGAUAGUGCGUUUGCAGCGAAAUAUUAUAAGAUUGGCGAUAAACUUUGGCCGCCAAAGAGUUCGCGCCUUCGCGCCAUUGGCGAUCUUUUGGAUCGCUUUAUUUUUGACUUUUUGAUUGGAAACACGGAUCGUGGCAUGAAUGACCACAAUAACUUUGUUUACGGUGGUUGCAGCUUCAAGACGACAUGCCAACGGCCUCCCAAGGCAAAACGUAUAUCGGGUCUAGCAAAGUAUGCCUUUCUCGAUCACGGCAGCAGUUUUUACUCGCACCGGGAGCCGAAGGGUAACGCCUUCUUUGGCGAAGAGCAUCUUAUUCCCAUUUGCCGCUUUCGUCGCUCCACCUAUGAGUCUUUGCGCGUCUACAGAAAACGCAAUUCGUCAGGCCCGCAUCACCCGCUUACGACGCAAAUUCGCCAAAGUCUUUCGCCUUACAUAUUCCGUGUGACGUCAAUUUCCGUUUUUGAGAAAGUACAGGGGCGCUUGGAGAAAAUAUUGCGGAUCGUGGAACGCUGCUUAGAGCAAUACUCACCUUCUGAGGUAUUUAGUCUUCCCGAAUACUGGGAGUUGCGCAUCCCUGAAGAGGAGGAGGAUGAGGAUGAGCGGGAAAUGUCGGAUUCGGUUAAUUUGGAGUAA